AGUGAGGCAAAAAAUAAGCUUCGGUUUCAGCUCUAAUGGCGUCCAUGGCUGUUCAAUUCGUACAAUCUUCGGACUCUUUUCGCUCAUUCCCUCAAAUUCGCAAAACCCAGUUGAAUAUCAAUCUCAAUUCUUCGCUUUCUCUUCAUUCCCGCUACGAAAAGAAGAAGAGUCUUUACCGUCUUCGUGUUUCCUCCGGUUUGAUCGAACCAGAUGGAGGGAAGCUUGUUGAGCUCUUCGUUAUGGAGCCUCAGAAGAACGAGAAGAAGAAGGAAGCGAUGUCGAUCCCCAGAAUCAAGUUAUCGAAGAUUGAUCUUGAAUGGGUUCAUGUCCUCAGUGAAGGGUGGGCUAGUCCGCUCCGUGGAUUCAUGAGAGAAUCCGAGUUCCUCCAAACUCUUCAUUUCAAUUGCCUUCGGCUCGAGGAUGGUUCCAUCGCCAACAUGUCGUUGCCGAUCGUCCUUGCCAUCGAUGAUUUUCAGAAGCAGCGUAUCGGUGAAUCGACCAAGGUCGCUCUUUUCGACUCUGCUGACAACCCAGUAGCCAUUUUGAGCAAUAUCGAAAUCUACAAACACCCUAAAGAAGAACGAAUAGCCAGAACAUGGGGAACCACUGCCCCUGGAUUACCAUAUGUUGAACAGGCGAUAACUAAUGCCGGAAACUGGCUUAUCGGAGGCGACUUGGAGGUUAUAGAGCCAAUCAAGUACAAGGAUGGUCUUGAUCGGUUUCGCCUGUCCCCUGCAGAACUCCGUGACGAAUUCACGAGGCGCAAUGCUGAUGCAGUGUUUGCUUUCCAGUUAAGGAACCCUGUUCACAAUGGCCAUGCAUUGCUUAUGACUGACACUCGCCGUCGGCUUCUGGAGAAGGGUUACAAGAACCCUGUAUUGUUGCUUCACCCAUUGGGAGGUUUCACAAAGGCAGAUGAUGUGCCACUUAGUUGGAGAAUGAAGCAACAUGAGAAGGUGCUUGAAGACGGCAUCUUGGAUCCAGAGACAACAGUGGUUUCAAUCUUCCCUUCUCCCAUGCAUUAUGCAGGUCCAACUGAGGUGCAGUGGCAUGCAAAAGCCCGCAUAAAUGCAGGUGCUAAUUACUACAUUGUGGGUCGGGAUCCAGCUGGUAUGAGCCACCCUGUUGAGAAGAGGGACCUUUACGAUGCUGAUCAUGGGAAGAAGGUGCUUAGUAUGGCUCCUGGACUUCAGCGUCUAAACAUCCUUCCAUUCAGGGUAGCUGCCUAUGACAAGACUCAGGGGAAAAUGGCUUUCUUUGAUCCAUCAAGGCCACAAGAUUUCCUCUUUAUUUCAGGCACUAAGAUGCGAACCCUUGCAAAGAACAGCGAGAGCCCACCUGACGGUUUCAUGUGUCCGGGCGGAUGGAAGGUUUUGGUCGAUUACUACGACAGCUUGGUUCCAUCAGAGAACGGAAACGUCCGUGAAGCUGUUCCAGCUUAGAACACUUUGCUCUGUAAAAUCAUCUGGUGAUAUGUAUGGGAGAAACAUUAAAUCCCCUGUGUGGUGUCUGUUCACAGCUACAACCAUUGCAAUCUCAGUCCAGCCCUCAAAUAAACCAUUCAAGGAACUGGUACAGAGAGUUGGGUAUAUUACAGUGCUUGCCUUUAUUUGUAAGGAGCAUGUGAUCAUUUUUCCGAUUGCAAUGAACUCAAGACUCAUUCAUUGUAACAAACUGCUGUGUUGCUUUUAAUGUAUAUAGUCAAUGGAGUGCUUCAGAUUCUUGUGGU